AUGAGCUCACAAACUUUCAAGCGCUACGUUGAAGUUGGCCGUGUCGUUCUCGUCAACCAAGGUGAGGACUCUGGCAAGCUCGCUGUUAUUGCAGAGAUCUUGGACCACAACAGAGCCAUCAUCGAGGGACCAUCAACUGGUGUUAAGCGUCAAGCACUUGCUUUCCGUCGCAUGAACCUUACACCAUUCACACUCAAGAAGCUUCCACGUGCAGCAGGCCCAACUGUCAUCAAGAAGCACUUCGAAGCCGCUGAAAUCUCAAAGAAGUGGUCAGAAUCAAACUGGGCCAAGAAGUUGCAAGCCGUUGAACGCAGAAAGCAAACCUCCGACUUUGAGCGUUUCCAAAUUAUGUUACUCAAGAAGCAACGCCGUUCAGUUGGCAGAAUCAACUUGGCAAAGUCAAAGAAGGCAUCUGCUUAA